CCGUGCUGUUUGCGACAUGACCAAGCGGUAUUUGUUGGCGUGUUUAGCCAGCCUUGGUUUUCUGAUAUCAUUCGGAUUACGAUGCAGCAUGGGAAUUGCCAUCGUUCACAUGAUUACAGUUAAGAAAAUACCACGGAUACCGGAAUUUGACUGGGAGUGGGAAACCAUGCGGCUCAUCGAGACUUUAUAUUUUAUUGGCUGCUUAAUAUCUCAGAUUCCGGGAGGAUUCCUGGCAGCAAGAUAUAAGGCGAAUAUAAUAUUCGGAACUGGCAUUGGGGCAACCGCUAUUUUACAUUUUUUCGUCCCUACGGCUGCCCGACUUGGACCUCAAUGCCUCAUAAUUGUCCGAAUUCUGCAAGGCAUUGCUGACGGUGUGACGUUUCCGGCCAGUCAUGAAAUCUGGAAAUGGUGGGCACCUCCCUUGGAUAGGACACAACUCGUCACGCUGGCUCUUUGUGGAUCGAUUCUGGGAGCUGUGGUUGGGACACCGGUGUCAGAAUGGUUAGCAGAAGGACAAGGAUGGCCUGCAAUGUUUUAUUUUUACGUGAGAUCCCAUGCCGACUAUUUGGCCCCUUGUAAUUCCACAUUAAGAUGUCGAAACCACGAAAUGUAUUGUUCCGAAGGGGUUUGCCAAUGUCCGCCCAACAAGGCUCCUGUCAUGCUUCGAUGGGACCUCCACUGUCGAGGUGAGAUAUAGUGCAAAUAAAUAAAACGGAUUUCUACCAUUGAGGACCAUCCCUGGGUAAUUUCGAACGCGUCGUGCCUCUCCUCCAAGAAGACGGUGGCCAAGUCGUCCUGCCGCCACAGUCCCUGCUACUCCGGGAUCUUGGUCGACCUCUUGCGCAGUGCAGACGAGGACGGAAAGUUUCUGGACAAUUGCACAAUCACGGAGGUCACUUGGGUUGGACAGUUUAAAUCCGGGGCUUGGACGAACAACUCGAUCAUGGAUCACCUAGCUGGAAACAAAACUGAUCUUGGACUUGCUAUUUUCAAUCAACCCACCUUAUCGCCACACGUUAAGGCAGCCGUCCAUUUCGAAUCCAUCUUGGUGGGAAACUAUAAAAACAAUGUUGCUUUAGGAAUCGCAUUUCCCAAAUCCUUCAAUGAAGAGCGCGUUCACGAGUUGGGCGAUAGAAUCCUGCAAGUGACAGAUCACGGCCGAGCGGGAGAAAUCUUUGAUAAAUAUUUCCUCCAGGAUGGGCCCACUCUGUGGAAAAAGGACAAGCAGUUGACGACUUUUAUGCCGAGACGGGUCGUUUAUUGGUUAUAGCUUACUGGGAAAAAUGAUAAAUAAAUUGUUAUCAAUGUAUGUGGGAACUUUCCUUAAAUGAGAAAUAUACGCGGAAAUGUGUGAAAAAAUGAAGAAAUUGAGUACAUUUAUCUACUGAUGUGCUGGUUUUUCAAAUCAUUUUCAUAUUUCCAAUCAAAUCUAAGGGAAUGUUCACAAAAUUUGUAACACACGAAGGGGUCAAAAGUCGUCUGUCUCUGCCAUGUCAAAAUUCCUAAUUAGUGCUCACAUGCAUUUCCAUAAACUUUUAGUAAAUACAUUUAGUAACGGAUUAUUGGAAAUAUGUAAAUUCAUGAUUCUU